AGGUGUCGCACUUCAAGACAGGCGGUGAAGAGUUUGCGUCUGACAGCAUCAAGACACCAGAGCAUGCUCCAAGUUUUUUAUUCCCGCCGUCUAAAAAUGACAGCAGACUCGCCGGUAGCUUAGGGGUUUCCUUUCCUUCCGUGAGGGCAGAGAGUUUAACUUUGGAUGCCAGCUGGAGCGCUUGAAGCCUGUGAGCAGGAAUCAGAGAAGGUGGAGAACCGCCGAUGGCUUCAGACCAGGAAAGGAUCAGAGAGCGCAUUAAAGCGCUCCUCAAGAAACCUGGUAAUGGAAACUGUGCCGACUGCGGGGUUCCAGAGCCAGAGUGGGCAUCCUACACCUUAGGGGUGUUUGUGUGUCACAGCUGCUCAGGCCUCCAUAGAAACAUCGCUCAGAUCAGCAAGGUCAAGUCUCUGCUGCUGGAUCCCUGGAGCUCUUCUGAGUUAGAGUUUUUAGAUUCUGUAGGGAACAUUGCUGCCAAGGCCAAGUAUGAACAGAUUGUACCUGCCUUCUACUACCGACCCACGUCCAAAGAUUAUGUGCUCCUGUUGGACCAGUGGAUACGGGCCAAGUACGAGAGAAAGGAGUUCAUGAGUGUAAAGAGACAGGAGCCCUACUCAGCAGGCUACAGAGAAGGGUGCUUAUGGAAGCGAGGAAGAGACAAUGGACAAUACCUGAGCCGAAAAUUUAUUCUGACUGAACGUGAGGGUGUCCUGAAAUACUUCAACAAGCAUGAUGCCAGAGAGCCUAAAGCGAUCAUGAAGAUCAACACUGUGAACGCUACUUUCCAAGCAGCUAAAAUCGGCGUUCCUAAUGGGCUGCAGAUUACCUAUUUAAAGGAUAACAGCACCAGGAAUAUUUUUGUUUACCAUGAGGAUGGCAAGGAAAUGGUGGACUGGUUCAAUGCAAUAAGGGCUGCAAGGUAUCACUACCUGCAAGUGGCAUUUCCUGGUGCUACAAACUCUGAGUUGCUACCAAAGCUAACCAGGAACUACAUAAAGGAGGGUUACAUGGAGAAGACUGGACCAAAGCACACCGAAGGCUUUAAGAAGAGAUGGUUUACAAUGGACGACAGGAGGCUCAUGUACUUCAAAGAUCCACUGGAUGCCUAUGCUCGAGGUGAGGUUUUCAUUGGCAGUAAGGAAAACAGCUACACUGUGCUGCCAGGCCUCCCUGCCACUGUUGUGGGAACUCACUGGCCAUUUGGAAUCACUAUAGUGACUCCAGACAGGAAGUUUCUUUUUGCUUGUGAGACUGAAGAGGAUCAGAGAAGCUGGAUGGCGGCAUUUCAGAUUGUAAUCAACAGACCGAUGCUGCCUCAGGAGUUUGCUGUGGAGGCCUAUUUUAAACGCAAACCGUGAGUGAGCCUCUAAGUGUGUCUCAAAGAGGUUUAUACAGAAACUGAUGUUUGAUACAAAGGUCAAAGUGCUUCGUCAACGACAACUCCUCCUCUUCAUCAACCACCUUGCCACCUUCCUUGACCCCAAUAACAUAGCAAGACCUCAUUCUCUGAAAAAGUCUGUCAAUCCAAGGCUACUGGACUCUUCUAAUAUCACACGCCCAUUUGCUGCCUGAUUCCACCUUCACAAUAGAAACAGGACAAAACCGUUGCUUCUUGGAUGUGAGGCAACAUCUGUUCUAUUCUAUAAUCAUCAACACUGCAAUUACUGAUCUUUACUACAAAUUAAUUAUAUUUGAUCCAUUUAACAGAUUAUAACACCAAAAUAAUAAUGUAAGUCUAGCAAGUGUAGGUUCCGUCACAUUUGCAUGCUAUUUUGCAUUACUGUAUACAUAAGUGCAAUUGUAUUUAUUUAUUUUCUUAACUGUAUUUGUAGCUAAAUCCAUGUUUUCAUAGCAAUUGCUUUUUUUAAAUGGAUGACAAGUUAUUGCAUGUUCUUCCAGUAGAGGGAGACAAAUGAAAAAUGUAAAAUCUACUGUUAAACUUCUCUAACAUCUCAAGGGGCUCAUUGAUUUCCCCUAACUGGUGCCUGCAGGGCUGCAUAUGAAAUCACCCUAUGAUAAUCUAUGGUUGCUGUUAAAAUGUGUUGAAGCCAAUUUAAUAUCUGCACUGUUUUCUACAGCAAUGGUUCUAGUCUAAGACUGAUUAUGGACAAAGACAACAUCAACAUGAAGGAGAGUGAGGUUUUCAGUUUAAAGGUUUCUGUGAUCAAAACUGAGUCUAUAAAUGCAAAUAUUUAAUCAAAAAUAAUCCUUUGUGCUUUUCCCAAAUAAUUAAUUUUAUUUUGUUGACAGAUAGAAACAUACAUGUCCAAACAAUCCUAAGAAAACAUGGCACUAUCCAUCUUACAUAUGAAUUUAUAUAAUAGCAUGGGAAAAAAAGCAACAGUCAUUGAAGCAGUCUACAACUUUUAACAGACGUCAAAUUUAACAAAUAAUAUCGAUAUUUGUCUCUUACCCUGAAUUUUUGGUAACCAGUACUGAUCAUAUUCCUUAAGAACAACAAUGACAUGUAUAUGCCUGAAAACCUUUUAAAUACAAACUGAACCAGUGUGAUUCCUGCUCACCAAUGCAAUUUUUGUUGCUGUAGUCGUUUAUUUUUUCUGUAUAGGAUCUGUUAUUUUCUGCACUCUUGAGAAACUGUCUGUAAACACUGCUACUGGGGUUAAAACAAAAUUCACAUUAACAUGUUAUCUAAAGUGUAUUAUAUUGUUUUUCUGUAAUAAAAGCCUGACUUAACACAUAAAGCAAAAGUGCUAGGUAAACCCACA